GGGCGCGGCAUUGGGAUGGCCUGGCUGGCCCAGGGCGGCAAGCCCCGGCUCCCCUCUGGCCCCUCCAGACCCCAUCUGUGCGCUGACCUCCCCUGCUGGGCAUUGGGGCCUCCGCAUGGGGUGUGCACUCCGGUGUCGGGGAGGACGGAGAGACCGCGGGACCAAGCCCAGGCUUCUGAGGACACCGUCCUGGGAACAACAGGGGGCAGGUCCUGGAAGGAGAAGAUCCAGAAUUUCUUCGUGAGGCCACAGAGAAGCGCACCAUUGAAGAACCGGGUGGCCCUCGACAUCUGCGGCGGGGACCUCACCCAGUGCCUGGGAGAUGCGGGUCCUCAGCAUUCACACCAUCCACCUGCUCCGGGCCGUGCUGCGGGUCGUGGCCCCCUGGCUCUGAGCAGCAUUGGCUGUCACCCCCACCACGGGCUCCCUGCCCACGAGCCUUCACUACCGGAGUCCCCCCCGUGGCGCCUGCGCGUGAGAAUGUGCGCCCCCAUCGGCGGGCUGCUUGCUGCCCUGGCCAUGGCAUUUGGGAUGACGGUGGCAUUCGCACCGGUCCCCAGGAUCACCUGGGAGCACAGAGAGGUGCAGCUGGAGAAGUUUCACGAGCCUGGCAUCUUCAACUACUCGGUGUUGCUGCUAAGUGAGGACAAGAGCACCCUGUACGUGGGUGCCCGGGAGGCCGUGUUUGCCCUGAGCGCACUCAACGUCUCCGAGAAGCAGCACGAGGCGUAUUGGAAGGUCUCGGAAGAUAAAAAAGCAAAAUGUGCAGAAAAGGGCAAAUCAAGACAGACGGAAUGUCUCAACUACAUCCGCGUGCUGCAGCCGCUCAGUGCCAGCGCCCUGUACGUGUGUGGGACCAACGCGUUCCAGCCAGCCUGCGACCACCUGAACUUAACCUCCUUUCAGUUUCUGGGGCGAACAGAAGAUGGAAAGGGCAGGUGCCCCUUCGACCCCGCACAGAGCUACACUUCUGUCAUGGUUGAUGGGGAGCUGUAUUCUGGGACAUCCUACAACUUUCUGGGAAGUGAGCCCAUCAUCUCCCGAAACUCGUCCCAUAGCCCUCUGAGGACGGAGUACGCGAUCCCGUGGCUCAACGAGCCAAGCUUCGUCUUUGCUGACGUGAUCCGAGAACACCCAGAUGGCGUGGACAGCGGGGAUGACCGGGUCUACUUCUUCUUCACUGAGGUGUCUGUGGAGUAUGAGUUUGUGUUCAAGCUGAUGAUCCCACGAGUGGCCAGGGUGUGCAAGGGGGACCAGGGUGGCCUGCGGACCCUGCAAAAGAAGUGGACGUCUUUCCUCAAGGCCAGGCUGAUCUGUUCCCGGCCAGAGAGCAACCUCGUCUUCAACGUGCUGCAGGACAUCUUUGUCCUCAGGUCCCCAGACCUCAAGGAGCCCGUGUUCUACGGGGUCUUCACCCCACAGCUGAACAACGUGGGGCUGUCGGCUGUGUGUGCCUAUAACCUGUCCACGGCCGAGGCGGUCUUCUCCGGCGGGAAGUACAUGCAGAGCGCCACGGUGGAGCAGUCCCACACCAAGUGGGUGCGCUACAACGGGGCCGUGCCCACGCCGCGGCCCGGGGCGUGCAUCAACCGUGAAGCGCGGGCCGCCAACUUCUCCAGCUCCCUCACUCUGCCUGACAAGACCUUACAGUUCAUCAAAGACCACCCUCUGAUGGACGGCUCCGUGACCCCGAUAGACAACAGGCCCAGGCUGAUCAAGAGAGACGUGAACUACACGCAGAUCGUGGUGGACAGGACACGGGCCCUGGACGGCACCGUCUAUGACAUCAUGUUUGUCAGCACAGACCGGGGUGCCCUGCACAAAGCCGUCAGCUUCGAGCACGAGGCCCACAUCAUCGAGGAGACGCAGCUCUUCCCGGACUUUGAGCCGAUCCAGACGCUGCUGCUGAAUUCCCAGCAGGGCAAGAGGUUUGUGUACGCGGGUUCCAGCUCGGGUGUGGUGCAGGCCCCCGUGGCCUUCUGCAGGAAGCACGGGAGCUGCGAGGACUGCGUGCUGGCCCGCGACCCCUACUGCGCCUGGAGCCGUGCCGCCGAGGCCUGCGUGGACCUGCACCGGACAGACAGCCCCAGCAGGACUUUGGUUCAGCAGAUGAGCGGUGACACGUCCGUCUGCCCCAAUGAAACUAAAAGUUUCCGGGAGCAUUUUUUCAAGCACGGCGGCACAGCGGAACUGAAAUGCUCCCAAAAGUCGAACCUGGCCCGGGUGGUGUGGACGUUCCGGGACCGCGUACUCAAGGCCCAGACCCCCAAGUAUGGCCUGGUGGGCAGGAAAGACUUGCUCAUCUUCGACCUGUCAGAGGGAGACAGUGGGGUGUACCAGUGCCUGUCGGAGGAGAGAGUCAGGAACAGGACGGUCCUGCAGCUGCUGGCCAAGCAUGUUCUGGAAGUCAGGGUGGUUCCUAGGACCCCGGCUGCUCCCACCCCACCAGCCGCCCGGACAGAAGGCGACAGGACCGUCCUCAGAGUGUCGAUGGAGCCCACCCUGGGCCCCCUGCCCCAGACCCCGGCCAUGCGGGGCCCCACACCCAGCCCCGCGCCCACCGGCGGCACCUGCAAACCAAAGACCAUCAUCAACACGGUCCCUGAGGUCCACUCGGAGAAGACCAUGUAUCUCAAGUCCAGUGACAACCGCCUGCUCAUGUUCCUCUUCCUCUUCUUCUUCGUGCUCUGCCUCGGCCUCUUUUCCUACAACUGCUACAAGGGCUACCUGCCCGGCCACUGCCUGAAGCUCCGCUCCGCCAUGCUGCUGGGGAAGAAGCAGCCCGCGUCCGACUUCUCCGACUUUGAGCAGAGCGUGAAGGAGACGCUGGUGGAGCAGGGCAGCUUCUCGCAGCAGAACGGGGGGCAGCCCCGGCCGGCCCUGGACACCGGCUACGAGACGGAGCAGGACACCAUGGCCAGCCGGGUGCCCACCGACAGGGAAGACUCGCAGAGGCUCGACGACCUGCCGGUCCGGGACAGGCCGUUUGACGUCAAGUGUGAGCUCAAGUAUGCCGACUCGGACGCGGAUGCGGACGGGGAAUGAGGCGCCUGCGCGUACAGGCCUCCACACACCGUCGGUGCUCGUCCGGCCCUGGGGCCACGUAGGGAGCCCGUGUCCAUACACCUGUCUUCUGUGUCUUUUCUCUUGGGUCGAGCUUGUGAUUUGGUUUCUCUUUGUCCUUUCGGAAAAUGGUGAGCAUUGUGCCCCGGCAUCCCAGGUGGGCCGCCGUCGGGGACCGGCUGUGGACACUCAUGCCUGGAGCGCCCCCUCCUCCAAGCAGCCACUGAACGAUCAUUUCAUUCCAGAUUGGAAAUGACGUGUUUGUUUAUCAGAUUGGUAACUUAGCGCCUGUUGUCCAGAUUGGCACGUACCUUUUCUUCCCACAGGAUUAUUUUUGUAGGGUUUUACUUCUGUUGUGUUAGGUCGUUUAUUUCUUAAAUCAAGAAAGCGGAUGUUUAAAUAUUGAGAAGAUGUAGUACAUCUUCCGAGUUCUGUUGUGAGGAUAGGAUACAGCUUACGUUGCUUACGAUUCUCAGGGAUAAACUUACUUUGGCUAAAUGCAUUCCUUCUGCUUUUAGAAACGUAGACAGAACCAUCUCUUAAGCACAUUUUUUUUUUUUUAUUCCUUGAAGGAAACCUCAUUUUCAGAGAGAUUUUCUUUCUAUAAUUUUCCCCCCGUUGUUUUAACUGUUUCGAAGAAGAGAGAACAGCGGGAGGCUGGCCCAGAGCUGAUGGGGGUGCAGGUCUUGCAAACGGAGGCCCAUGGCCACUGCUCAGAACCUCCCGUGCAGACGGACAGACAUCCACCAGGGCGUCUUCAGCCAUCCACGUGGCUGCUGUGACCAUUGGCCUCUGUCCACAGCCACUGCCCACGGGACGUCCCACCUGGCUGAAGAGAGCUGUCCACACAUGCAAGCAAGCUGGACAGGCCCGUGUCCCAACAGUCCUUGGAGCCAUGGGGGCGGAGGCACGUGGCCCAGUGCUGUCUCUCAAGGUGCAAACAGGCGAGAUGGUUCAGCCUCGGUGACGUCAAGCCCGCCUGCUGCUUCCCACACGCCUGCAAGAGGAGGCUGUCUUUCCGUGGCAAAGAGCAAUAAGCUGGACUUGUGUGUGCCCGCGUGGACGGUGUCAUCUGCAGCAUGCUAGGACUCGACCAUUUUGGUGUAAACAUUUGUGUUUUAUAAGAUUUACUUUGUUUUUAUUUUUCUACUUUGAAUUGUAUACAUUGGAAAAGUAACCUAAUAAAUGAGAAGCUUCUAUCCUUCA